AUAAUUUUCUCUAUAUAAUCCUUUAGGUUUCAUCAUCCACACAUAUUGUCUCCUUGGCAUUUCUGGCUUGUCCAACAACAAGUCAGAGACUAUUUUAAGCUAUGUCGUGUUGUGGAGGUGCUGAAGAGGAAUUUGGCAUUCCACCUACAAACCAAUACAAUGCAUCAGUCGAAAAGGGUAGUGUAUAUGGUGGUGGAGGAGGAGAUAGAGGAGAGCCAAGGGGCAAUAUAGUCAAAACUGGUGCUCCAAAAAAAGAAUUACCAAUUGAGAUACCUGCCAUUUCAUUGGAUAAGUUAAAUCAGUUAACAGACAAUUUUGGUACAAAGGCUUUGAUAGGAGAAGGUUCUUAUGGAAGGGUUUACUUUGCAAAGAUGGAUGGUGAUAAGGAAGUUGCAAUCAAGAAGCUAGAUACUACUUCUUCUCCAGAACCUGACUCUGAUUUUGCAACACAACUAUCAGUUGUUUCAAGAUUGAAAAGUGACCAUUUUGUGGAAUUGUUGGGAUAUUGUUUAGAGGAAAAUAACAGAAUUUUGGUUUAUCAAUAUGCGAGUUUGGGUUCUUUGCACGACAUAUUACAUGGAAGAAAAGGAGUACAAGGUGCUGAACCCGGUCCGGUUUUAAAUUGGAGCCAAAGAGUAAAAAUUGCAUUUGGUGCAGCAAAAGGACUUGAGUUUCUUCAUGAAAAAUGUCAACCUUCUAUAGUUCACCGCGAUGUUAGAUCUAGCAAUGUCUUACUCUUUGAUGACUAUGAAUCCAAGAUUGCAGAUUUCAAUUUGACAAACCAAUCUUCUGACACUGCAGCUCGAUUACACUCAACAAGAGUUUUGGGAACAUUUGGUUAUCAUGCUCCAGAGUAUGCAAUGACAGGACAGAUAACCCAAAAAAGUGAUGUUUAUAGUUUUGGAGUUGUUCUUUUGGAACUUUUAACUGGAAGAAAGCCUGUUGACCAUACAAUGCCUAAAGGGCAACAAAGUCUUGUAACUUGGGCAACUCCAAGAUUGAGUGAGGACAAAGUGAAACAAUGUGUGGAUCCUAAAUUAAAUAAUGAAUACCCUCCUAAGGCAAUUGCUAAGCUAGCAGCGGUUGCAGCACUUUGUGUGCAAUAUGAAGCUGAUUUCAGGCCAAACAUGACAAUUGUUGUCAAAGCUCUCCAACCACUUCUCAAUUCUAAACCGACUGGCCCUGAUCCUAACUCUAACUCUAACUCUAACGCUUAACAUUCUAACCAUACUCAAUUGAGUCUUGGAGACUAAUCAGUUUUUUGUGCUACUUGAUACACGAUGAAGCUAAUUAUAAUUCAAUUUCAC